CACGCCCAAAGACAUUUCAUUUGUCGCCAGUCGGCUCGCAGGGAGCACCUCAAAUUGGUCGCAGGGGUGGGUUUAAGAAAGAAAAAAAAAAAAAAAAGAAUCUGCAUUUUCAAGAGCCCAACGAAAGUCAAGCCUUAAAAAGAAACUGGGAGCAUGGAGAGGUCCUCUGAGCCAGGGGUCCGGGGGCUCGCGCCCGGGGCCGCCAGUCAGCCUGCGCGCGCACACACACCCGGUGAACGCAUACUGCCUGGGUAGCUGGGGCCGUCGCAGACAUCCUCCAUCAUCCUCCUCUUCCCUCCAAGAAAGAGUGUGAGAGCUCCGGCGAGGGAAACGUGGGAAAGAGGAAGACGAUGUACCAAGAGCUGCUCCUCUCCUCCGCCCUCCUCUUCCUCCAUGUGAUGGGCACUCCCCAGUUCUUCGGGCAUCAUGGAAGGAGGGCGUGCAGCAGCGACCUCCGACACAAUGUCAUCCUGGCAACAGAGUCCUACGCCCAGCCGGUGCACAAGCCCUACAUCACCCUGUGUCAAGGCCAUCGCCUCUGCAGCACAUACAAAACAACGUACUCGUUAGCUUACCGCCAGGUAAGCAGGAUAGAGUCGGCCUCACAUUUCUACCCAGACUGCUGCCCCGGUUGGCGGAGAUUUCACUCACACAACUGCAACCAAGCUCUGUGUGCAGAACCCUGUGCUAAUGGCGGCACCUGUUUGAAACCCAAUAAGUGCGCGUGCCCUCCCGGCUGGACCGGACACCGGUGCCAAACAGAUGUGGACGAGUGCGGCGGGCGGCAGCCGUGCGCCCAGCUGUGCAUGAACACAGCUGGAAGCUACAGAUGCGCCUGCAGAGACGGCUUCACGCUCGCCGGAGACGGACGGUCCUGUCGCCAGCUUCCACCUCCGCCGCCGUCUCCGUCUCCGACACCCACCCAGGGCAGCCGGGCAGCAGUGGGUGGCCACGCCGACGCGGGAGGAAGCCUGGGCCUGGUGGAGAACGUCACAGAGGAGGUCCAGAGCCUGAGGACCAGAGUGGAGCUGCUCUCGCAGAAGCUGCAGCUGGUGUUGGCGCCCUUCAGCAGCUUCUUCCCGCUGCCGCUGGACGACAGCUUCCCGGAGAAGACCACCCUACUGUCCCACUCCUUCCGGCAGCUGGACCGCAUCGACUCCCUCAGCGAGCAGAUCGGCUUCCUGGAGGAGCGCCUCGGCACAUGCUCUUGUCAGGAGAAUUAGCGGACAAGAAGAAAGUCGUCAGGAGCCAUCUCAGAGCUUUUAUUACGCUGUGACGAAUGCACCCGCACAAAUGUUUGAAGAUUUUUUUUUAUUUUUCCAGCAUUCCAAAAUGAAAAA